AUGGUUGGUAUUCCUACACCCCCGUUAUUGCAAUCUCCUGCUAUGAAGCUAGUUGAGAAUCUCAGAUCGUUAUGCGCAUCAAAUGUCUUGCAACCGAUGCCACUUCCAAAGGGCGUGUCGCUCUCUUCUACUGGCGCAAUUUCCAGCAGACUCAAGCUGCGCACUGAGAUCGACCCAAAUCGUGCUCUUAGUUACAUAUACUCAACAGCGCAUGUUUUCGACCAAAACGUAAACGAAUUCCAAGUUUACAUGCCUGAAAAUUUCUCAGGAACUGUCGCAGAGAUGGAUCCCUCCACCGUUCAACUACUGAUGCUAUGGGACAGGAAGCACAAGAUUGAGCAUGUCAGUCUGAUGACGCAUCCCAUCUUAUGCAAUAUGUCUUCCGUCGUCCACUCCGUGUCCGAGCAGUACAAAAAAUGGGGCGUGGUUGAUGCAAUUCUUGAACAAGACGCAGCACAAGGCCUUGCUGUAAGUUGCUGGAGCGACGGACCGAUUGAACUUGAAGUCCCGGAGCCCGUCGUAUCUGAUUGUCGACUUAGCUUCUUCCUUCUGGAACCUUGGGCGUUCAACGAUGACGACUUCCAGCUAUUCACCAAGCAGACGGUGAUGAACAAUGCUCCACAUCGCCGCGGUUUCGUGAUGAGGGAUUUCAAGGAUUCAGACAGGCUCUGGGGAAUGAUCUACGAUCGAUGCCACCGGCUCCAUUGCCGCUGGUUUGUUGUGUCUACUUACGACUCUUGGUGUUUCGGCGUCUUUUCAAGAGGGUGGACAUCCGCCUUCGUCAGCUCCCCGAAGUCUGGAGGAAGCCGUUCGCCCACCAUCCUCCAGUGUCUCGUGUACUGGAUCCUAUCUUCGAUGGACUGCGAAGGGAAGUGGGACAUUGAUGAGGUUAGUCCAAGCGCUAUGGGCUCGAAGGACAAGUCCAAAGGGAAGAAACGAAGUUCUUCCCGCUCAUCUGGGGAUGGUGAAGAUGAGAGUGGUUCGAAGCCCAAGCGCCGAAAAUCUGCCACUGACUUGCCAAGCUACAUCUGCACAGUUGCAGAUUUCGCGUUCACAAAUGCGGAAGCCGCUCGAGCAGUCUCAAAUGCAAGAUGA